AUCUCGAGCGUAUGCAGCAGCCACCGGCAAGAAGGCAGGACUCCAGAUUGUAAACCACAAUAUCGCUGACGUAGCACACUUAGAAUGAAACGUAUCAAAAUGACACUUCACCACGAAGAUACCUUCCACAUUAUAGCGGCUCUAACCAUGAAACAUUGCCAAUCACCGGCAUUCAAUCCACACGAGGGUCCCAGGAGUCCAACGAGGUUGCGAGCAACAGUGCAGUAUCUGCGUAGGCUCCGUACAAGGCCGGAUGUCACAGAGCAGGCAGAUGACGAUCAAAGAAGAACCUUUUAAGUCGUAUAUGGCAGAUUGUCGCCCACAGCCUUGAUCAUGCCUGGGAGACUUGAAAUACCGAUAUAACAGAUGACCACUACACGCAGUAAGUAUAAGAAGCCUUCUGGGUUUGUUAUCAUGAUCCUGGGUGAGCGGAGGAUCUAAGAAUAAGCAUGGCGCUGAUUGCGUAUUGUUCUCCUCAGAUGUUGUAGAAGCCGCGGCUUUGGCUGCCUUCGCUGGUACUUUCGUGUUUCUCCAAUAACUCCAUUGUACCAAAAACGAUCAAGCGGGUAACGAUUGGCAUGUGUGUGCAUGAGAAGAUCCCAUUGCGACUCACACCACAUCAUCUAAUCCGCUCAGCGAAUUGAAAGAGAACAGACGAAAGCCCUAACUGGAAUUGACCAUUGGUCCUAUUAUCACAUUCACAGCCAUGAAGUUCGAUCGAUUCAGAGCUUGGCGACGCCUCGUCUCCGCACUUUUGUACACGAAAUGGUCGAGAACCAGAGCUUCCCGGGAUCUUGCUGCGGAUUCUACCUGUUGGUCGGCCGCGCAGCGUCUUCCACCUGAGCUAGUGGAAGACAUAUGUCGGUUCUUGGUGUCGUCAUACCUAAACGAACAGUUUCCUUUUCCGAAGGACGAAUGUGCUCUACAGCGUUUCCGCCAUGCAACGGCGGGGCAAUUUGCCUUAUCAUGCGCUCUCUCGAGUUGUAGAUCGUGGUACAGAGGCGGGAUUCCAGUUUUGUAUCUUUAUCCCGUCUUGUCCAGCUCACGUGUCAUCAAGCUGUUCUCAAGAACACUCGCAAAGACUCGCGACUUGAGUGCGCUCGUCCAACAUGUGGUUAUCAUGGUUUAUCUUCCUUCCGACUCUGGUACCUCAGUCUCGUUGAAAACGAAGCAAGAGUUCCAGCGAGCAUUGGAUUCACUCUCCGUUCUUCUCCCAUCGAUUAGUCCACUCUCCUCCCUCAUCAUCUUUAAUUACCAUAGAUCUACACAAGCCACUACCGUUCUAACAGGCACGUCUGCCUCAACACUCCGCACCCUUGUGAUAGACGGAGGUCCUUUCCUUGUGGAUGAUGCACCCCCUUCCCCUUUGCUCACGCUACCCAACCUCGUCACACUGUCUCUUCAUACCGUGUCUUUUACUGCGGAGUAUAGCUUUCCCUCCCUCCCGCAACUGAAGACAUUACAAAUUGUCGAUUGUAUGGUCCUGGGACAUGGCCGGGCAUUGACGAUACCUUCUGUAUCGUUGCCAGCUUUAACGUGCCUGGAACUUUAUGAUAAUUUCUCCUAUGUUCAUAUUGAAGAGGCAUGCCUUCAGAAACUGGAGACAUUUCAUCAUGUCGGCUCGCACCCUGAAUAUGUCAAAUGCUGGACGCACUGUCAUACUCUACGACAUUUGGCAUUUAUUCACGAUGCUGACUGGGUUUUGCCAGCAGACAUAUGGCUUCCGCCCUCUCUUAAUUCUCUUACGUUGUGCAUUACAUUGCCUGGGAUCCACGCACACCCACAAUUGCGAAGUAAUAUGAUUGCGAUUGUGAGAAGUGGUAGAGUCAAGACAGUGACUAUUCUCUUCUCCAAGAACUCAUUCUCUCAGGCCAAAAUCCGUUUCUUGAAAGAGACUUCGUCGUUACUACGCGACGCUGAUGGGAUUAUUUGUGACAUUGCUGACUACUCAUUUGAGACUUGGGUCUCGGAGAGACUCGGUAUCGCAGUCAAGACAUAAAUUCUCCACGGCCAGUAGAUAUUUAUGACGACUCAUAAGUAUACCUCGGGACGGUUUCCUGUCAACUAUUAGACUUACUUUUUAUGGCUGCCUAGCCUAGUACAUUAUUUUGAUCAGUAUUAGGCGCUCGAGCUGAGACAGAAAACGUCCAACGCGGUUGACUCUUUCAAUUCAUCUUCAAAAUCCUCUCUCACUGUCAGGCCGUUACUGAUGUCUGUUUAGCCAAGGAGUGAUUGAUGGAAUAUUGAUACUGGUGGAUCCAUAUUCAACAUUCGAAAGCACUCGGAUUACCAUCAUGUUCUGUCA